AUGCAUUUCCAUCAGCUGUUUAGAUGUGCACAUCGUGUGUGGGAGCCAGCUAGGGUUGUGACUGGACUCUUCUCCCAUUGUACCCCGACUUCCGUGAAUACUUUCUCCACUUCCAAUGUAUCUCCAGCUCGUAAGAAACGCAGUCCAUACAGUUCCAUGGACAGCAGACGCUACUCUACACUUGUCAAGUCAGUUGUGUCCCACUGAGUCAGUGCUCAAAAUACCAAGAUCCUAAAGGAGCCAGAUGCUCAAAUCUACGGACAUGUGAGAAAAUCCCAAACACCCUCCUAACGACUGCCACCCAAAGUGUUUAAAAUGCUCCACCCGUUCAACAGGGCAUUUUAAUCUGGCGAAACUGAGCUUGGAUGUGUGAUCCAUAUCCUUCAGCAGACACUGUACCCGGAACAAAAGUUUUACCUGGAGAGGUGUAGGAGGAAGAUUAUCACUCAACUGGUAUAGGAUGGCUUUAAGGAAUACAAUAUGAGGUAG